AAGAAAUAGACAAAAUGGUCCAAUAAACCAACCCUAUUUUCUCUCUCUCUGUCUCCCUGCUCGUCUUCCCUUUUCCUUGUAUUUUCUUUUGUUUUUAGAUAAAUUGGGCAAUUCUGGUAUUGGGGAAUAAAAGGCUAAAAGACAAGACACGAUGAUGUUUUCAACUCAAGGAACAAAAACCCAGUAAAGGGAGCAAGUCAACUGGUUGGUCGUUGAUGAUGACGACGAGGGUGGAUUACGGGGGACCGGGUCCUGGCCAGGUCCGACUAGUCGGAGACUAUAUUCUGGGUCCAAGAAUCGGGUCGGGUUCAUUCGCGGUGGUUUGGAGGUCAAGGCAUCGACAACAUGGGUUGGAAGUCGCAGUUAAAGAGAUUGAUAAGAAACUCCUGAGCUCCAAAGUCAGUGAAAGUCUGCUCAAGGAGAUAUCCAUUCUCAGCACUAUUAAUCACCCCAAUAUCAUCCAACUUUUUGAAGCCAUUGAGACUGAAGAUAGGAUAUUUCUAGUGUUGGAAUAUUGCGAUGGAGGGGAUCUCGCUGCUUAUAUUCAAAGAUAUGGAAAAGUAUCGGAGGAAGUUGCCAGGCAUCUUAUGAGGCAAUUGGCUGCAGGAUUGCAAGUUCUUCAAGAAAAACACCUUAUUCAUCGGGAUUUAAAGCCGCAGAACUUACUGUUAACUAAAGGAUCAACUCCGCAAUUGAAGAUAGGAGAUUUUGGUUUUGCAAGAUCCUUGACACCUGAAAACUUGGCUGAUACACUAUGUGGUUCACCAUUGUACAUGGCACCUGAGAUUAUUCAGAAUAAGAAGUAUGAUGCAAAGGCUGAUUUGUGGAGUGUUGGGGCAAUCUUAUUUCAACUGGUCACUGGGAAGCCACCAUUUGAUGGCAAUAAUCAACUACAGCUGUUCCAGAAUAUAUUGAGGUCCACUGAAUUGCAGUUUCCAGAAGGAGCCCUGGAAAAAUUACAUCCUGAUUGUGUUAAUCUCUGCAGAAGUCUGUUACGACAUGAUCCGGUUGAGCGACUGACAUUCAGGGAAUUUUUCGAUCACAAGUUCCUUGGUGAGAGAAGCAAAAAGGUGGGCCUUGAGCUGGACUCAUCACGUCUUCAAUCAGAAGCAAUGGUUGAGCAGUUUGAUUCUUCUGCCUCUGAGAAUAAAUCUCCAUUACCUUAUCGGGAUGUCAUAAACAUAUCUAGCAUAAAUCAGAAAUCAGUUAGUUCAUUUGAAUGUGGUACGGUAUCACAAACAAAGGAGUACGAGUGUUCAUCCAGUGUCAAAGGUGCUCUUGGGGCAGUGGCUCUUACUGUAUGUGAUAGCAAAGGAAAAUCUGUUGAUAACCAGUGUUCACCAGCUCAGCUCAGAGUAGCUGACUCAUUGGAAGGUAUUGAGAAGGAAUACGUUCUCGUCAAUUCUCAUUCCACAUCGAUGGAGACUUUCUCUUAUUACCUUGAGACGUCCCUCCAAGAUUAUUCAACUUUGAAGUGCCAAGCAAAGAAGAGUGACCAGGAACCAGCAGUUUCUCUGGAAAAGGAGACCGCUGAAAGUUCUGCCGCUUCUGCAAAAUCUCCACAGUUUCAGGGAUUGGAUGUGCAAACAUCAUCUGAAUCAGCUAUGCUAAGGGAAGUACAGAGACUUAACAUAUUGCAUCCCUCAACUAGGCUGCAGUUAUUGCAUCAGUAUGCACGGGCUAUUGCAGAAAUAGCUCAAGGAAAGUAUAAUGCAGGACUAUUUGUAGAAUCAUUUUCAGUUGAACUUGUUGUCUUGGCUAUAUGGAAGAAAGCUCUUCAGAUCUGUAGCUCUUGGAAAACCUCUGCUCCAGACAAUGAAUCACCUGGAAGCAAUUCAGGCAAUCAACCUACUACCACUAUUCAGAGUAGCGCAGACUUGGCUCCAAAUUCAGGUGACAAUGUAGAUUUAAACAAGCCUUCAUCUGCUUGCAUCUGGGCAGAGCAAGGAUUUAUCGUUGCUUAUGAUCGUGCCGAGAAGUUGUCAUGUCAUCUUCGAGAUAUGGAUGCUACAGCACAGAUGCCUGAUGCCAUGGAAAUAAUAUAUCAAACCGCACUCACGAUCGGGACAAAUGGCGCUGUAGAUGAGUAUAUGCGGAACAAAGGUAGUGCUGCGGCAUUGUACUCUAAAGCAAUGGUUUUACUUUCAUUUAUUGUAGGAGAGGCGGCAAGUCUUCCAUUGAACCCGCCAUUUUCGUUGACUCCUGCCAAUAAGAAGCGAAUUCAGGCAUACAUUAACAACUUGCAGACUCAUCAAUCUCAGUUUCUAACAUCAGCACCGUUUCCUAAGCUGUCUGCAGACUUCCACACCAAAUGAAAGUGCUCUGCUUGUGUAAAAAAGUAUUUUCAAAACUGCAGCAAGUUUUGAGCUGGGUCUUACGAGUAUAUAAUGGGCAAUACUAAAUGAUGUCUUUCUAUGAAUAGACUUGAACUUGAUAUAUCUAAUGUACAGAAAAAAAAAAUUAUAUUAACAAAUACUGGCAAUCGAACAAAAUGAUCUUAUGUUCCAUAGGAGUUUGAUGUAAAUAAUAGUAUUCUCUCUCUUGAUGGACUGUAAAUUUGAAUAGAAAUGUAACCUGUACAGUCAUGUUUUCCAUAAAUGGAUAUAAUUCUUUCAAUUA